GGUUAGUCAUCCGAGCUUAGUAUGAAAUGUGCAAUUUCGACCGCUACUUUCUGGAUGCUGGUAUCCCACUCUUGAUCACCGUUCGAUCCAGUUCCCAUUUUAGCACAAAAUUCCGCCCACUGUCAGCCACGCCAAUCCGAAAUUUAAAUCCGGAUUUCAAGUCCGCGGUCUUAAAACACCAAAAUUACCCGACCCUCCAAAACUUCUCGUUUUCAGAUUGCUAAAUUGUUGACAAAACAAAAAAAAAACGGAAAAUAAAUGAACCGCAAGCGCUGAUUGGACUGUGUGUGUAGCUCUCAUAAUCUCGGGAUUGAGCUUUGAAGCAUCUUUUUUGGUAUCAGGAUUGCUGUGAGUUAUGGGGGAGGGAGAUACUGUUUCAGAAUUGCCCGAGUCAACCGUGAAUGGUAAUGCAGUAUUGGAGGAAAAGUGUGAAGCUUUGGUGGAGAAAAAAGACAUUGAGGCCCUUCAGGACAGUGGGAUCAAGGAGAUGGAUGAAGAUAAAAAGGAUAUUGAUAAGGUUGAUGCAGAUACAAUGGAUGUAGAUGGAGGACCUGUGAAUGAGAAUGAUGAGGUUAAAGAUGUGACUGAAGAAAAAGGAGAAAAGGAAGGAAAGGUAGAUGUUGAAAACUCGGAGGACAAGGUUGAAGCAAUGGUUGUAGAGGAAGCUCAGGAGAAUCCUGACAAGGUUAAAAAAGAGGCUGAUGAGAACAUGAAUAAGGUAGAAAAAGAGGUUGAUGAGAGUAAGGAUGUUGUUGAUGAGAAAAAAGAUAUGGUUGAAAAUGAGGCGGAUGAGAUUAAGGAUAAGGUUGAAAAUGAGGUGGAUGAGAUUAAGGAUGCAGUUGAAAACGAGGCAGAUGAGAAUAAGGACAGGUUUGAAAAAGAGGCUGAUGAGAAUAAGGAUCAAGAGGUGGAUGAGAAUAAGGAUAUGGCUAAAGAAGAUGUGGGUGAGAGUAAGGAUAGGGUUGAAAAGGGGGCUGAUGAGAUUCAGGAUAAGGUUGAGAGGAAGGCUAAUGAAAAUCACGAUGAGGAUGAAACUGAGGAUGAUGAGAAUAAGGAUCAGGUUGAAAAAGAGGCUGAUAAAUUGCAAGUUGAAAAUGACAUGGAGACCAGCGAAGGGCCAGAAUCUAAGGAGAGUGCUGAGUUGGACCAUAACUCUGCGGAGAAAGAAAAAAAGAAGAAAAAGGCGACUGAAGAUAAGAAAGAGAUUGACCAAAAAACUCCCACAGCACCUACAGUUGAACGUCCUGUUCGUGAAAGAAAAUCUGUUGAAAGGCUUGUUGCAUCCAUUGAGAAAGAUUCUAUCAAGGAAUUUCGUAUAGAGAAGGGUCGUGGAACUGUGCUCAAGGACAUUCCAAAUGUGGCAUAUAAAUUAUCCAGAAAGAAGACGGAUGACAUUUUCAAACUUCUACAUACAAUUCUCUUUGGAAGGAGAGGAAAGGCCGCUCAAUUUAAGAAUCAUUUGUCGCGGUUUUCUGGUUUUGUGUGGAGCGAAAAUGUGGAAAAGCAAAGGCUGAAAGUUAAAGAAAAAUUUGACAAGUUUGUGAAAGAAAAAUUGUUGGAAUUCUGUGAUGUGCUUGACCUACCUGUUGCUAAAACCACAUCAAAGAAGGAAGAUAUAGUCUGGAAGUUGGUGGAAUUUUUGGAGGCUCCUCAUGCUACAACAUCUGAGCUCCUUGCUGAAAAAGAGCAGCAGCCAAUUAAGGGAAAGCGUAAGAGGGCAAGCAGUAAAAGUGGAUCAUCAGCUUCUGGGAGUUCAAAAGGCGCAGCUAAGAGUUUAAAGUCUGAGAGUGCACCUGAAAAGGGUGAGAAGAAAGAUGAUUCACAUGAAUCAGAAGAUGAUUCGGAGGAUGAACCAGAAGAACACGAAGAAAAGGCUAAUGGCUUUUCAGACAAAUCAGAUGAUGAGAUGUCAGACCAUGCUGGCAGUGAUAAGAAAGAUGAAUCUGAAGAUGAGCCUGAGGAGGUCAAGAAAAAGCGACCAAGGUCAAAGAAGUCAACAUCAAAGGAAUCUGAAGACGAGUCUGCUGAAGAGGAUAAGAAAAAGCAUCCGAGAUCAAAGAAGUUAGCACCAAAGGAAGCUAAAGAUGAGCCAGCCAUGCUUAAGAAAAAGCAACCAAAGUCUAAGAAAUCAACACCAAAGGAACCUGAAGACGAGUCUGGGGAGGAUAAGAGUAAACAACCAAAGUCAAAGAAGUCAGCAUCAAAAGAAUCUGAGGAUGAGUCUGAUUUGGAUAAGAAAAAGCAACUGAAGUUGAAGAAGUCAGCCCCAAAGGAAUCUGGAGAUAGGUCUGGGGAGGAUAAGAAAAAACAAGCAAAGUCAAAAAAGUUAGCAUCAAAGAAUUCCGAAGAUGAGCUAGAGGAUAAGAAAGACCAUGAACGCAAGUCAAAGAACCUGCAACCGAAGGAAUCUGAUGAUGAAUCUGAUGAGGAUAAGCCUAAGAAAAAGCUCACUUCUAAGAAAUCGUCAUCAAAGAAGGAAUCUGCUGGGAAGUCCAUGACCAAGGAUAUUGCAACCCCCAAAAAACCUAGCCCACCCAAAAAGACCCCCUCCAAAACAUCAAGUCAACCUAAAGCUGAUGAUAAUGACGGAAGCACAAAAACAUCCUCAAAGAAGAAAAAAAUCGAGGCAAAAGAGAAGCCCCCAACUCCAAAGAAGCUGGCUUCUAAAGAAAAUAAAGGGAAAAAGGUUGUGAAAGUGAAGGCUCAACCAAAAGAAGAUAAGUUAAAGCCAUCUGAUGAUGAUCUAAGACAAUCAAUUUGUGAAAUCCUUAAAGAAGUUGACUUCAACACGGCCACCUUCACCGACAUUCUAAAGUUACUUGCCAAGCGGUUUAACACAGAUUUCACAUCAAGAAAGGCAUCUAUAAAACUUAUGAUCCAGGAUGAGCUCACUAAACUUGCAGAUGAAGGAGAUGAUGAGGAAGAGGAAGAGGAAGCUGGUGGUACAAAGGAUGAAAUGCAGCCUUCAGUCAAGGUGUGAAGACCUGAAAACAUAGUGAGUUGCUAAUGUCCCCCAGCCACCCUUAUUCUCUUGUGUAAUGUUUUGCUUCUUCAAUUAGCCAAUUGUAUCUCUUAACCUGUGUUCCAGCCGAUUGUAAACUUGGGUUGUUUAGGAUUCCAGAGGUAGAAGAAGUGCCUUGAGCUCUAUACAGCAAGGGGUUCAGCUUCUGUAGCGUUAGAAAUCUGUAGGAUUACUUUGUUUUAGUUUUUAUUAUUAGCUGUGAGCAUUUACGUAUUAUAAAGUCAAAUUGCAUCCCAACAUUUAUUACAGUUCUCAGGCCACACUGAAAGCUUUUGUAUUUUGCAAAUGCUGUAAUAAUCAUGAUACCCUUCUUUUUUAGAUUAUCUUGCCUUCGUGUUGACAGAAAAUUUUUGGGUUAUGUUUUAUACUCCAUGAUUUCAUGCA